AAUAUUUAAAAUUUAGUUUCCGUUUUUUUUUUUCUCGAAAUUAAAUUACUUGCUUGUAUUUUGUCAUUUUUGUGUGUGCGUCAGUGGUGGUGGUGGUGGUGGUUCCCUAACCGCAACGCAUGGCCGGUGGAUGCAGCAUCAGAGCUAUCUGGAUUCUGAACAACCUCGACGCCGUCGUUUUCUCCAGGAGAUUCCCUGUUGUAGAAAAGCGUUGGCGAGCUGCUUUGAACUUCGAGAGCGAUGAGCUCUUCACUUCAAUUCCCAACGACUCUGAACUCGCCGAUGCUUUCAUGGACAGAAAGCAAAGGGAAGGAUCUGCUCGCGGAUUCGGCGUACGUAGAACUCAUCAAUCCUCUCCGGGAUCUGAUUCUUGGAUCGAUGAUCCUAUCACUCGUCAUAUCGUAUCCCUUUACAUUACCAAAGAGGAGCAAAAGAAUCUCUUGUGGCCUUUAAUCUUGCACAUAAGGGGCCUUUUCACUAUUCUUGUUCUGCCAUUCGUCGAACCUAAGCAUUUAAAGGCUUAUGCAAGUUUGUGUAAGAGACCUGAUUGUGGAAGUGCUCUUGGCCUUGACCAUGGUUUGUCUUCGCUUUUGAUCCAACUUCCCUCAAUAACAGGGGCAUUUAUGAUAGCUCACGCCAUCGGUGACAUAAUUACAGGCGACGUAGUAGAGCCUGAAGUGAUUGUAAGUUCAGCUCCCUCUGUUGGAGGGCUGUUUGAUUCACUAACUGGUAGUAUAGGCAUAUCUUCCAGGCCAAAACCGGUAGCUCCAUCAGUUGCUUCUUCUGCUCCAUUGGGUGCAGCUGUACCAGGAUUAGCUACAGCAGAUAGUCAAAAAUUUGGGUCUAGGCCUUUGGAUAAAGAUGCACUGAGAACAUUUAUUAGUAGUUCAAUGCCAUUUGGCACUCCUUUGGACCUUAAUUACUCAAAUAUUUUUAAUAUCAAGGCCAAUGGCUUUUCUGCAUCAGAUUUGCCUCCUGCUGACCAGAAGCAACCAGCUUGGAAGCCAUAUUUGUACAAGGGAAAGCAGAGAGUAUUGUUUACAAUUCAUGAGACUGUUCAUGCAGCUCUGUAUGAUAGAGAUGAGAUUCCGGAUAUUAUAUCAAUUUCUGGUCAAAUGAAUUGUCGUGCUGAUCUGGAAGGCUUGCCAGAUGUGUCAUUGCCAUUGUCAGGAGUGAACACAGCCAACCUUGAGGUUUCAUCCUAUCACCCUUGUGCUCAAGUUUCAGAUCAAGGUCUGGAUAAGCAGGGUGUGAUGUUUUCUCCACCAUUAGGUAAUUUUGUGUUAAUGCGCUAUCAGGCAACUUGUGCCCUCGGACCACCUGUUAGCGGAUUUUAUCAGCUGUCAAUGGUUUCGGAGGACAAAGGUGCAUUUCUAUUCAAGUUGCGUCUAAUGGAAGGUUAUAAGGCUCCUUUGACAAUGGAGUUUUGUACUGUGAUUAUGCCCUUUCCUAGGAGAAGGAUUGUAUCUUUGGAUGGAACUCCUUCUGUCGGAACAGUUUCAACUUCUGAUCACUCUGUAGAGUGGAAAAUAGUGCCAAGUGGACGUGGACUGUCUGGAAAAAGUAUUGAGGUGACUUUCCCAGGAACAGUCAAGUUUGCACCAUGGCAAAACCAAAGGGUGCCGUCCUCUAGGUCUAUUGGAGCCACUGCUGACGAAGAUAGUGAUAAUGAGGCAGAAAAUGCUAGCAACAUGGUCAAUGAAGAACAUUUGAUGGAGAAAAUGAACAAGGAUCUUCCUCCAGUUGAUCUAGAGGAGCCAUUCUGCUGGCAGGCAUACAAUUAUGCCAAAGUAUCCUUCAAGAUUGUUGGAGCAUCUCUAUCUAGAAUUGCUAUUGAUCCUAAAUCUGUGAGCAUCUAUCCAGCUGUUAAAGCACCUGUGGAGUUUGCAACUCAGGUAACUUCUGGGGACUAUAUUUUGUGGAAUACUCUUGGUAAGUGCCCACAUGUAGCCACAGUAAAGACGUAAGUAUGAUUGGCCAUGGGGGAAUAUUUGAAAUUGCUGGGAGAUAUCUGUUGGGAACUCUGAAGUUUUAUUAAUUUUUCGCUGAGUAGCUAGACACUAGACAGUGCAUGAUUGUGUCUUCCUAGCUAUUUUAUUAAGACAAUACCUUCUAUUAGUGCUUCUAAUUAUUUUAAAUAGGAAAGUCUUGUAUACUUUUUUUUUUUUUUUUAAAUUGUUUAGUUGUUUUUUGUCUUUUAUUUUAUUUUAAAAUGUAAGCAAUGCGUUACUGUUAGCAGAUUCCUUUCUAGACAUUUGGGAUUACAAUAAAAAAGAAGUUUCACUUUCAAUCUUUUUCCCGGAUACUUGGGGUAGGUGGAGAAAUAUAAAUUCACAAGGCUCAUUAUUAAAGUUUCAUAGUUUCAAUAGAAAUAAUCUACCAAGCUUUGCUGAUCCAAAUUUCAUAACUCGCCCAAGGGAAUCAGUUUGGUAGAAAGUAGCCUACGAAGAUGUUGCAUGCUACGCAUGAGGCAUGUAUAAACGUUGUAUUGUUCUUAUCUUGUAUAAUAAAGGCUGAGGGCCAAACAUAAUUGCAGAAAAGUUAAAUAAUUAUAUACAGUGAAUGAAACAAAAAUUAGGUUACACUUAUGCGAAGAAGCUGAAGCUCUUCGUACUUACCCUGUCAACAAAUACAUGAUUUAUAUCUGCAUAUUGUUUGUUAUGCUUCCUACAAUAAUGUAACCACCAAGCCAAAGGCAAGGCAUAAAAAAAAUACUACGACAAGGAAUGGGAAAAUUAAAACA